AUCCCAGACAACACAAGGCGCCAUUGCCUGUGUGGAGGGGAGAGAGGAGACCUGCUUUACUCAGUCUUCUGUUAGGGCGAUAUCAACUACAUGUCUUACUAUUGCCGUUAGAGUUUUAGUUUGCUAGCAUUUCAGAAUAAUAGUUGCGUCUUGUUUUUUAAUUUGGCUCUCGUAGGAAGUUAGAAACUAUUCGCGCCACGCUAAACUCGGCGUCUUUUGGUUAGUAAGGUAAGUUAGAGCUUGUUGGCUAGCUUAACUUACAUUAGCCAGCAGCUACCAGUAGAUUUAGGUUACGACUUAUAUCCACGGCCGCCCUGCCAGGUAGAUCAACUAAAGCUGGAGGCGCUGGUCAGCAACAAUGGUUUGUCCAAUUCACCAAUAUCUGAGUAUUGACGUCGGUAAAUAAUUUAUCUGAUUUGGGAACAAAUCAGCGCAACCUUUGUUUGGUUUGUGCGCAGCCUGGUUGGUUUGGCCUGUUUCAUUGUCUCCGAACAUCGAAAGACACAAGUUGUUUUUCAGUAUCAGUAAGUUGUUUGGCUAACGUUAGCCGUGUUCGUGUAAACAAAACCGUCAGCUGUCGUCUCCAGAUAAUCUUGAAAGCUACCUAGUCCAGUAUGGCGCAACACGACUCCUCUCAUGUAGCCAGCUCACAGAAAGCACUCAUGUUGGAAAUGAAGAGCCUUCAGGAGCAGCCUGUCGAGGGAUUCAAAAUAACACUGGUGGACGAGGCUGAUAUGUACAACUGGGAAGUGGCCAUUUUCGGACCCCCAAACACUCAUUACGAAGGGGGGUAUUUUAAGGCUCGAAUCAAGUUCCCUAUUGACUACCCGUACUCCCCACCUGCCUUUCGGUUCCUCACCAAGAUGUGGCACCCCAACAUCUAUGAGAACGGAGAUGUGUGUAUUUCCAUAUUGCACCCUCCGGUGGACGACCCACAGAGUGGAGAGCUGCCUUCAGAGAGAUGGAAUCCCACCCAGAAUGUCCGGACCAUUUUGCUGAGUGUGAUCUCGCUGCUGAAUGAACCCAACACCUUCUCUCCUGCAAAUGUGGACGCCUCCGUCAUGUACCGCAAAUGGAGGGACAGCAAGGGCAAGGACCGGGAAUAUGUAGAGAUCAUCAGGAAACAGGUAUUGGCUACCAAGGCGGAAGCUGAGCGCGACGGAGUGAAGGUGCCCACCACACUGGCCGAGUACUGCGUCCGCACACGUGCCCCUGCCACCGACGAAGGCUCCGACCUCUUCUACGACUAUUACUAUGACGACGACGAUGUGGAGGACGGGGACGGCGACUGCUGCUACGAUGAGGAUGACUCCGGCAACGAGGAGUCGUGACAUGCUUGUUGACAGCAUCCCUGAUCUCGCUGACGUAUGCUACCCGCUUUUUCCGUCUGGGUUGCCAGAAAUUCUAGGUCAACAACCAAGAAAGAUUUGAAGCUUCCCACUUCGAAACCAAUGAAAAGAGCUGUUUUUUCCCCCUGAGCCUCUGACUUCUUUUCUGAGGUGAAAAUCGAUGCGUCAUUGUGGAACAGUCAGACCUGGUAAGAUUUGCACCAGCAAAAAAAGUCACCAGUUUCUUCAAUUUUGCAAAUAGUUUUCUUUAUCACCUUAAACCUUACUUUGAGAGAAUAACUUCCAUCACUUAAUCCUACUGAGUUGUUCAGUCCCCUGUAUAGUCUAUAGUAUUGUGGGGUUAAUACCACUGUCAACAAUAGCAACAUUUGCACUGGUGCAAACACUUCCAAACUUUACUCAGCCUCUCUUGCAUAUCUAUGUUUCCCUAAUUGUAACUGGGUGUUGCUCACCAGUAGUUGGUCUCAAUGGCUGACAGAAGACUGAGGAUUUCAAGCAGCCCGUUUUUGUUGAACAGUCUACUGCAAAUAUAUUGAAUCGGACAUUUCCAAGUUUCACAGUCUGUCUCACUUCGAUUGGACGGGAUGUCACGGGACGAUGUUUUCAAAGUUCUUGUGCAUGCCAGAACAUCAUUGGAAGCUUUUUUUGUCCGUUUUCACUGGUGGACCGUUUACCUACAUCAUGAUCCGUUUUCAGCUCGGUGAUAACAAAGACUUGUGUUGAUGGAGAUCCCAGAGAACUUUGCAUCUGGAGGGACCGGCUGGCAAACUGAGCGAGUGGGUCAAAUCCUCAUGUGAACAUUUUUGGUAACAUGAAAUUGAUCUUUGCUGUGUUUCUUCUGGUUACUGUUGGAUGUGUUUCUCUGUCAUUUUGAGUGUGGGGUUAUGUUAUUUGAAGUAGCUCAGAUUUAAGAGUCUUGUAGGAUGACCAAGUUUUUUUUUUUUUUUUUGGCGACUGAACUAAUUACUGAUCAGAAUUGUAUCUCUCCUCAGGUUUGCUCUCUGAGAGGCCUGACGGAGCCACAGACCUAAAACAGUGUAAACGUGUAUGACUGUUUGUUGUAUCCUUGACUUUGUUUGCUCUCUUGCAAGCUUUGUUAUUUUAGUCUCUUUCUUUGGUUAGACAUUAUGCCUGCAAUCUUUGCUUGAGAAUGAUUUAUGUGAUGAGAUUAUUAGGUUUUAUUGGCAAAAAAGCUUCUGUAGGAAAAGUGUCUGUCAAAAGGUGUUGUUGCAGUAUCAGUCAGGAUUAUCAAAGUUUUUCAGCCCUGGAAGUCCCUGGAAGUGAAAGAGAACGAGGCUGCCAUGUUUGUUUUUGUUUUUUCAUUUCUAUUCUUUGUGUCAGCAGAGAGUGGACAGGUUUUGAUAUCAUUUGUAGAGUGCAUGGGCGUCCUCUGUGUUUAUUUUUGCAUCAGCAAUAUCGAUUGUUUCAUUUACUUAAAUUGGGACUUCAGACUGAAUUUCUCAGGAUAAUGAAUUACAUAUGACAAAACAAUUAAGACAAGCAACUAUUUUUCUCUUUUAUGUGGUCUUCAGAGUUGGUUUACGCUUUAACAGGAAACAUAACUGAUAUGCACAUGUAGCUGUAUGGAUGGUCACCAUAUUGUUUUAUUCACCUGUGUUUACUUUUCAUUUUUGACUAUUUAAAACUGAAAAAUAAAGAUUUAUUGGAAAAAAAUA